AUGGCUGCGCAGCAUCAGUCUUGGAAGCCUUGGGACAGCAAGCUUCCAGAGAGAAACUGGAAAGUCCCGUCCACACCGCCGGAGAUCAUAACCUACGCGAAGGCCCAGGAUCGGAGCCGAUCGAGGCCACAAAGCAACCAGGAAGGCCACCAAAGGCAAGUGGUGCACCUGCAAGCAUCUUCGCGGGACGCUCAUGCGGCCAAUGCAGUUCCGCAGCACGCGAGGCCGCAUGUCACCCAGGCUGCGACAAGGCCAGUUCCACGACGCCAGACGCGAUGCUUACGGCCGGGCGGCGACGGUGUGCCGGCGAUGCGGGCUGCCUCUUCCGGAUCCACGUGCGCUGCCGGGCGGAUGCCAGUGUCCGACAUGGAGGCGUCAAGACUGGCGCGAUAUGCACCAGCCGCCACAGACACCGCAAGCCUGGAGGAGGACGGGGGCACCACCACCUCGCGGUGCAAGCGUCGUCCAGGCAACAAACGUGCAGCCCAAGAGAUGACAACGACUCUUGUUUUCGAGUGCGGAACUGCAUGCAUACCCAAGGGGUCCAAGUAG